GCUCGGGGGCUUGCUGCUGAUGACUGGGGUGGCCACCUUGUACAUGGCCGUGACGGUGCACAGCAAUCCUCAGUUCACAGAUCCCGCCAGUGACAUGUUCUUGAAGGAGCCGGACGUCGUCGUGAUCCUCGCUGCGGUGCUUGGUUUGGCCGUGGGCAUCAGCUUCAUGGGUGUCUUUGACGUGAUCGGCGACACGAUUCUCUACUGCCUGGCCUUGGAGAUGCACCGAGACGAGGUGAAGGCUCAGGAGAGAGAGGAGUCCGGCUGGUGCACGGGCCGGGAUGGCAACUCGGGAGGUUUCUUCACCUGGAUGUUCUGGGGGGAAGAUGAGCCGGAGUACGAUCACCAUCCACCUCUGCGAUUUGCCCCGACGUGCUUGAAGGAAUUGGUGCAGCCACGAGGAAGAGCUCGGUGA